AUGUUCAAGCCAUUGUCAUAUAAAGUACCUUGUCGUUUGAACUCCACGUUGUCAUCCAAGAAAUUGAAUUUUCAAAGCCAUGAACUUUUCUUCAACUCAAUAAAGAACAAUGAUACACUUCAAUAUUUAUGGACUGCUCCUUACUCAAAACCACAACCAGAUGAGAUAAAUGCACCAUCAACGGUGCCCAUAGUACUACGUACAAAACCUGCUGUUUUCAAAAGUGUUGUUGAUGAAAAUCCAAAACUUUCAGGUUUAAGAUUACAAAUUAAACAAUAUACAGCAUAUACAAAAUCUGUUAUUCAUUUUUAUAAAGUUGGUAUUCAAAAUGUUUGGAGAAAUAGAAGAGAUGUUAGUGCUAUUAAAAAGAAAUUCUAUGUUGAAAGUGUUGAUAAACAUGGACAAGUUAUUAAAAGAAGAUUUAGAAAUGGUGAAGAUUUAACAAAUAUUCUUUCAAAUUUAAAAGCACUUCAAAUUGUUGAACAAGAAACAUUGAAAAAACUUGAUAAGACUUCAAUUUUAAAAAUUUCAAGACAAGAAUAUUUAAAAAUUAUUAGAACUGAACAAGAUUUUUUCAAAAUUCCAUUAUUUGCUCUUAUAACCCUUAUUUUCGCUGAAAUGACACCAGUUAUAUGUUUUAUUUUCCCUGAAUUAGCUCCAUCAACUUGUGUUUUCCCUGGAUUAUUAAAGAAAAAAUAUAAUUCUGCAACUAAAGCAACUCAUGAAUUGAGUAAGAUACGUAAAGAACGUUAUUUAGAUUAUUAUUUAAAAAAUGAAACUCCAUUUCAAAGUAUUUAUACUAUACCAAAUGAUGAAUUAAGAUUAUUAGUUGAAUCAUUAAAUUUAAAAUCAAGAUAUUUACCAACAAAUUUAUAUCCAAUAUCUAUAUUACAAUCAAGAUUAAAAAAUCAUAUGACUAAAAUUGAUAUUGAUAAUAAUUUCUUAAUUAAUGAAUCUUUAAACAAUGAUGGUAAUUAUUUAUGGAAUGUUUCCAAAGGUGAAUUGAUAAGAUCAUGUUUAGAAAGAGGAUUAAUAGAUUUUACAAAAGAUGAUUUAUAUAAAUUAGGUUCACAUGACUUAAAAAUAAGAUUAUUAUUUCAUUUAUCCUUUUGGAAUGAAGAUAAAUCAAUGGGUAAUAUUUCAAAAUUUGGUAUAAAUCAAAUUGGAUUGACCGGUUCUGGAUAUUUCGAAAAUGUUGAUAAUGAAUUAGCUCAUAAAGUUUAUAGUUGGUGGCAACAUGAUCAUAAAUCUGAAUUUGAAAUUGAACAUUCAAAUCAUGAUAAUGAAACUGUUAAAUAG